GCGAUUCGUCGCGACUAUGUCUGUUCUUCCUUCUCAUGAGGGACUCGGGCUCGGAUGUUUUGGACGUGACUUUGUUCACGUGGGGCGCUAACAGCUACGGCCAGCUGAGCCAAGGCCAUGUGGAGGACCGGUGCGAGCCCGGGGCCGCGGAGUGCGCGCUACCAACCGCCGGGGCGCGCAGCCUGCGUGGAGGCGGCGGACACGCUGCGCUUGUCACCGAAUCGGGACAGCUGAUGGUAUGUGGCCAAAACCACAGAGGACAGCUGGGCCUCGGCCAUACGUCUCAGGUGACUGCCUUCAUUCCCUGCCUUUCUCUGGGCCUGCGGUCUGUAAGCCAGGUGUCCUGCGGCUGGGAUUUCACCCUCAUUCUGACAGACUGUGGACAGCUGUUGGCCUGCGGUUCGAAUGCCCAUGGCCAGCUGGGCCUCCCCCAGGUCUCUGGGUACACAGCAAAGCCCUUGCCAAUUGAGGCCUUGAUUUCCCCCAUCAUCAGUGUGGCUGCUGGGCUUCGACACUCCCUGGCAGUUGAUUCCUCAGGGUGUGUGUACCAGUGGGGGGUGGGUCUGUCCAGCGAGGCCAGGAGGCUCCUGGCCCCACAGGCUGUCCCCGCCCACCUCACCUCUAGGGAACCCUGCGCAGUUCCAGCCCUGGACACCGUGUCCCCAAAGUCAGUGACAGCUGGAGCCUCCCACUGCGUCUGUCUCACUGCAGGGGGUGAUGUGUUCCUGUGGGGCAGCAACAAGCAGGGUCAGCUUGGGGGCCUGGGGCCUUUCCAGUCCCUCCCUCGGGUCCUAGAUCGCAUCCUGCUGGCUGGGGAAUCCGUGACAGAUGUGUGGAGUGGCUGGACACACCUAGUGGCCAGGACAGAGAGUGGGAGGGUCUUUACUUGGGGGCGGGGUGAUUACGGACAGCUGGGUAGGGCACUGCAGACCAAUCAGGAUUUGAGUCUUCUGUCAGAUGAUCCCCCGCCUGCGUACUCCAGACCAAUGGCGUGCCACCCUGUGGAGGUGAAGGCCCUUGCUGGGGCCACCCAGGUAGCGUGUGGCUCAGAGCACAGCUUGGCCGUCGUAGGUGGCGCUCUGGUCUCGUGGGGCUGGAAUGAGCACGGUAUGUGUGGAGAUGGAACCCGCCAGGAUGUGAGCAGCCCCGCCCCCAUCGCCGCGUUACGUCUUGUCACACCUGUCCUAAUUGGCUGUGGGGCAGGGCACUCCAUGGCGCUGUGUGCCGUGCCAUUGGCUGGUUCUACAGAAGCCCCGCCCUGGGCCAGCAGCAGUCCUGCCACAUGAACUCAUCUGCAGAGGUCUCUCUAUCCAGUGGGAAACCCCAAGUGAACCAGCCUACCACCGGUGUUUCCUGCUAAGACAGGUCCCAGUGUGUCCCUGCUACUGUGUUGAGUUUCAUGCUCAACUUUAAUGAAUUAAUGUAAGGGGCCGUUGUGAUCCUUCCUAUUUGUGAGAUUACAUGAGAUUAAAAUGCAGUGACUCCCUCCCAAACGUUA